ACAACACUGAUACCGUCAGUUCUAAAGCCAACGAUCCCAGUUGUUAGACUCUAUACAAGCCUCAAGCAGGACGACCCGUUCGGGUCGAAAACAGAUCGUCAUGCACAGACCAAUGUACAGUUCGUUUUCCAUCGAUGCCUUGAUGGCGCCCCAACCACGGAUAUCACCACCACUCUACUACCCCGGGUACAUGUUCAUGCCGUCAGCGUCCGUCGCCCCGUCCGUCCCAGGGAAUAUCGGCGACCCCCGGGCUAUGAGUUCUCUCACCCACGCGGUUUUCUCCCAGUCACAACUUCUUGGAUCCCAAGCCCUUAACCAGCAACACAGAGAGUUUUUACUUCAUCAUGCGGGUAACACAAUGCCAGCCUCACCCCUCCGACCUACGGCACAACCGACAGUUCCUACCCCCCGGUUCAACGGAUCUACCCGCUCAGUCAGUCCGCUCAGUAGUGAUGAAAACACAGAGGAUAUUGACGAUGAAAUGUUGGAAGAUGCGGAUACGUCGAUGAACCACACAAGUGAGGGGGAGAGUAUUUCGGAAACAGCCGACAGCGACAGGACAGGUAUCGACGGAGGUGGCAAUUUGGACGGCGUUUCCGGGAAAACAUUUGACGAUUCCAAUGGCGAUAUAGGCACUUCCGGUGGGAAGACAAGGCGGAGAAGGACUGCAUUCACGAGCGAACAGUUGUUAGAGUUGGAAAAAGAGUUCCAUAGCAAGAAAUAUUUGUCAUUAACUGAGCGAUCUCAAAUUGCACACAACUUAAAACUCAGUGAAGUGCAAGUGAAAAUCUGGUUUCAAAACCGUCGUGCAAAAUGGAAACGUGUAAAAGCUGGAUUAGUACACGCCCGGGCCGGGAGUACAAACGAUCAACAAAACAAACCCAAGAUCGUAGUGCCUAUUCCAGUGCAUGUGAACAGAAUUGCAAUACGAUCUCAACACCAGCAGAUCGAGAAAACAAGACCCGUACCCUAGCGAGCCUAGUCGUGUUGAUAAACAGGGUUUGAAAUUGACUCGCAAAAUCAAAAUUGUAGCCAGGGUUUCAAAGAGACGGACCUUUGAUGCCGUUCCUGUAUUAGAACGUUGGCUGGUGUUUUUUAUACAAGCACAGGAAAGUAUGUUAUGAGAGGACAAUGUUUACCCUUUUUCCCUUUCUAAUCCUUUUGGUAUGUUCCGUAUCAAACAACGGAAGAUUCCAUUCGAUAUUUUAGGGGUUAAAGAGCACAGGACAUGAACUAAGUGAAAAAAUAAACGCUCUUUGUUCGUUGAACAGAGAGGGCCUGUUUCUUUAUUCUAAAGGAGGGACCAAAUUGUUUAUUUCCUAGAACGAGUUUUCAAAACUCUGUGUAUGUAGUUUAUUGUAUUUAUGCUACCUCUCGCAGGAACUGACAGAGAAACAGAAAGUACACAAAUAUUGUGUGAGUUACGCAACUCGCUCGAGUUCCCCCUGAUUACUCGUUCCGUAGUGUUUCUAGAAAGGCACAUGGCAGUGAGGAAACUACACAAAAUACAAAGGUAUGAUCUCUUUGGGACUACUUUGCAAUGAUUGUGCAAUUACACCAACGUCUUUCAGUGUCAGCGCCGAGAAGCGCUCGUAUACUCAUUACAGAGCUGAGCUGUUAAAGACAUCAAGAAUUCAGUUUGAUGAAAUUGGCCCCACACUUUAAGUCUCUCAUAGAACAUACCUGUAUCAUAAUUUUAAACACUAAAAAAGUCCCAAAUUCAAAUUUGUAUCAAUGUACAUAUUAUUUAUUUGAGGUGUAAAAAUACCGAUUAUAUAUGCUAAACGUUCGUCCAAGUAGCAAUUAAUACUUUCUACACAACCCACCCACCAAGAGGCUAGGCACCACUCCAAACAAUUCAUUGCAACUAUUUACCCUUCUAAUCAUCACCGGCUCUAUGUUUGUCUGUCUUUCACACCUUUCACAAAAUUCUGGCGUAUAUUACAUGGUUAUAAAAAAAGACACGGCGGCAGUGUUUAAUUCCAAAACAUAAAAACGGAGUCUCAAACACAUGGUAUAUCACUCUCAAAAUGACAAAAAAGAUUUGAUAUUUGUAAACUAUGCACACAAGUUUACACAGCUGUCGUGGGAAACUCCUUAGGGGGUUAAAUCGCUGAGGUAAAACUGCAUUAUUAAUUUAUACAAACAAAUAUUAGUUGAGAAAAACUGUUUGUUAUGUUAUUAAUCUUUAACACAUAUUUUACACGAAAUUCAAAUGCACAUUUUAAGAUUUAUUUCAGUGGUUUGAAAUUUAAGUUAUAUCAUGUCUUUUGAAAUGUGGGAUAUCAACGAAAGUAUUAUUAUUCUAGGUGGAGGUUUCUAACAUGAAAUAACUCAAAGAAACUAUUGUUAUUUCUUCUUUUCGUAUUUCAAUUACGUCAUAAUGAUUGGUAGAUUUUUUCCUGAUAUUACACUUAAGUGACAAUGUUCACUUUGUUUUCCAAAUAGAUAUAGCGUAUAGUGAAAUACAGAUGCUAUUCAAAGUCAGUAAUGAAUUCAAAUAUAUAAAGUAAGUCUCAUAAUGAUACGAUUUAUAAGAUGAAAAUAUUAUCUUUUAAAUGAAAUAUUUCAAAAACGUCAAACGUAUUUGUAGACAGAAGCCCUAUGAAAUUCUAUGAAAGUCCAUAUUUACGAAAAGUCUAUACCCAUGACAGAAAUAGUUGACAGGUUAUUCUGAUACAUGUCACGAUUGUUUUCAUUAGUAAUACGUCAGCUCUGUAUUAGAUUAUAGUUCAAGUUCUUUAUUUCAAUUCACAUUUGUGGUUGUUUGGUGGGUUCACAAUAUGAUGUACUGCCGUGAAACAAGACAUAUUUCAAUAGCCUAAACACAUUAAUAAUUGGAUUAAGAAGUUACAUUUUGUUUAUGAUGUGGUAAACACACUUUCAUAAACUUAAAAUAACAUUUUGGCGUGGAUUAUUCAUCAACUGGACAUAUUUCACCAUACUAGGGGGUCAAUAAUAAUAGGCUGAUAAAUAACGUUUACGAUAUUUGACGAAGAGUGGGCAUACAAAUAAACACAUGGAAUAGUAUAUAUUGGUGCAAAUGCCAUGAUGUAAGUAUACAAUGUAUACUUACAACAUGAUAAGGCUGUAUAAAUGAUAUUAAGAUGGUUUUAAAGAUGUAUUUAGAUGCAUUACAUUGUUAAACGAUGCACCACAAACCUGACGAAACCAGCCAUAUAUGUUGUUAUACUGAGACACGUGCAUGGUUUAAACAACGUCAUUGACAUUGACAUACGUCAGUUUAGCCAAGCCAUUGUGGCUUGUGGAAGGUGAGCGAGACAAGGGCAUGUGUGGGUCGGUGUUGUCACGAGGGUAGCAGCCGAUAGACAAGGGGGGAGGGUGGGGGGAAUAAUUAAUGCUGCCUCAGGCUACACUACAGCAAAUUGAGAAAAUGUCUAGUAUGACGGGAAAUAACAUGUUAUUUACAUGAAAUUUACACCUUGCGUGACGGCCCAUUUUGAAAUAUACACGGCCACACGUGCUGGAAGCGAGAUUCUUUGUACACGCGCAAUGUUUUUUCUCUAGCAUUCCAUUAAAAUUCAAUGAGAAAUAAAUCUAAAUUUAUAAUU